AUUCAAUAAUGAAAGGACCAGCGCUGUUGUUCCUUUCUCUCCUUUCGCUUGGUUCAGUAACCGGGCAGGUCAGUUACACAAUACCGGAGGAAAUGGCAAAAGGCUCUUUAGUCGGUAACAUAGCACAAGAUUUAGGUUUGGAUAUAAAACGUUUAGCUGCUGGCAAAGCUCGAAUUUAUUCUCGAGAAAGCGACGAAUACAUCGAGCUGAGCAGAGACAGGGGAGUCCUCCUCCUCAAAGAGAGAAUAGACAGAGAAGCGCUUUGCCGAGAGACGACGCCUUGUGCUUUACAAUUUCAGAUUAUUUUGGAGAAUCCCAUGGAAUUUUACAGCGUUACAAUCCAGAUCACAGAUAUCAAUGACAAUGCACCAAUAUUUGAAGAAGGAGUAAUCAAAUUCAGAAUAAGUGAGUCCGCUGUCAUCGGGGCAAAAUUUGUGCUUGAAAGGGCUGAGGAUCUUGAUGUUGGAAAUAAUGAUCUUCAAAGGUACGAACUAAAACCAACGGAUAAUUUUGCACUGAAAUUGCACAACAACGCAGAUGGUAAUAAAAACGUUGAGAUGGUGCUGCAGAAACCUUUAGACAGAGAAAAAAACGAGCAGAUAUCCCUUGUGUUAACGGCUGUAGAUGGAGGAGAGCCGCAGAUGUCGGGAACAAUGCUGAUUUUCAUUACAGUUUUAGACGCUAAUGAUAAUACUCCCGUUUUUACUCAGCCGACCUACCAGGCUUUAGUUACUGAGAACUCACCUGUAGGUACAGUUAUUGCCACUGUUUCAGCCUCAGAUGCAGAUCAGGGAUCUAACGGUAAAGUAACAUAUUCAAUCACAAAUACAUUCGAUGAUGUCAGAAAAAUGUUUAAAAUUGACAAGGAAAAUGGUGAAGUUAGUUUAAUUGGAAGUAUUGACUACGAGGAGUCGCGCAAUUUUCGAAUAAAUAUAAGAGCUAGUGACGAUGGAGGACUCACAGAUUCUUGUAAAUUAAUUGUUGAUGUUCAAGAUGUAAAUGACAACAUGCCGGCAAUUAUUAUAAUGUCUAAAUCAAAUGUUAUAUCAGAAGAUGCCGAACUCAAUACCGUAGUUACUAUGAUAAAUAUUGAGGACAAGGACACUGGAGAAAACGGGAAGGUGCAUUGUUUUAUUAGUGACAAUGUACCAUUUAUUUUGAAAACGUCAACCAGUAAUUUCUAUAGCUUGGUAACCGACAGUGAAUUAGACAGAGAGACAUUAGCUGAGUGUAAUAUCACGGUCACCUGCUCCGAUCAAGGAGUCCCCUCCCUCUCCAGCAGCGUCACUCUCACCUUACAGAUCUCUGAUGUUAAUGAUAACGCACCUGACUUUGAGAGUACUUCAUAUGAGGCCUAUAUUGUAGAAAACAACACACCGGGACUCUCUAUAUUCACAGUGAAAGCCAGAGACGCUGACUGGAACCAGAACGCCCGUGUUUCUUACAUACUGGAGGACUCCUCUGUUAACGGAGUGCCAGUCUCCUCGUAUGUGUCCGUUAGUGCUGAUAGUGGAGUCAUCCACACAGUGCGCUCUUUUGACUACGAGCAGAUCAAAGAUUUCCACUUCCGCGUCAAAGCACAAGAUGGAGGCUCCCCUCCACUCAGUAGCAACGUGACUGUGAAAGUGCUGAUCCAGGACCAGAACGACAACCCUCCUCAGGUUCUGUACCCGGUCCAGACUGGAGGCUCUCUGGUGGCUGAGAUGGUUCCUCGUUCAGCAGAUGUGGGCUAUCUGGUCACUAAAGUGGUGGCUGUUGAUGUGGACUCUGGACAGAAUGCCUGGCUCUCCUACAAACUGCAGAAAGCCACAGACAGGGCGCUGUUUGAAGUGGGCUUACAGAAUGGAGAAAUAAGAACCAUCCGCGGAGUCACUGAUAAAGAUGCAGUGAAACAAAGACUGACUGUGAUCGUGGAGGACAACGGGCAGCCCUCUCGUUCAGCUACAGUCAUUGUUAACGUGGCGGUGGCGGACAGCUUCCCUGAAGUGCUGUCUGAGUUCACUGACUAUACACAAGACAAGGAGUACAAUGACAACCUGACAUUCUACUUAGUGUUGGCUUUGGCUGUAGUUUCCUUCCUCUUCAUCACGUGUUUAAUGGUUAUUAUAUCAGUGAAGAUCUACAGGUGGAGGCAGUCUCGCGUCCUGUAUCACUCCAAUCUCCCUGUGAUUCCGUAUUAUCCACCACGUUACACAGACACUUUGGGGACAGGGACUCUCCAACACGUGUACAACUACGAGGUGUGCAGGACGAAUGACUCCAGAAAGAGUGACUGUAAGUUCGGCACAGUCGGUAGUCAGAACGUGCUGAUAAUGGACCCCAGUUCUACAGGAACGAUGCAGCGGAUCCAACGUGAGAAGAACAUCCUGGAUGAACCAGACUCUCCUCUAGAGGUUGGCUAA